UUGUCCGUUUCUCAGAUACAGGAGAUCUACAAGCGCUUGCAGCAGUUGAAGUUCCAGCACGGCUCUGCCGCCGUUCGCAUGCCUCAGUAUAUCAAGCUCUACAAUUUGUUGUCCAAUGAUCGAAAUUUCCAGAAAAUACAAUCUCAUCUACAGCAGAGAUCUCAAAUGAGCCAGAUGAACCAAAACCAAAUGGGGCAGAUGAACCAGAUUCAGGACCAACCUCAGAUGGGACAGAUGGGUCAAAAUCAGAACCAGAGUCACAACCACAACCAGAUGGGUCAGAUGAACCAGAUGAAUCAAAUGGCAACAAUCUUCCAUCCUAUCCAAGCGCACAUUUUGAAAUUUCAAAUUGCAACUUUCAAAAGGUUCAUUCAGAACCAGCCAAUUACACCAGAGCUCAACAAUCUCAUUACGGCAAGCUAUACCCAGUUCCAGCGGCAAAAAAGUCAGCCGAUUCAGCAACAAUCGCAACAACCGCAACAACCACAACAACCACAACAACAGGCGCAGCGGUCAAACGGACAACUACCUUAUCAACAAAAUCAGCAGUCUCAAGCUGCAGUUUCUCAACUGCCUCAACAAAUUCCUCAGAUGAUAGGUGCAGACCUACAAAGCCUAUACAAGCAGGCGCAGGCUCAAAAGCAAGAACAGCAAAAGCAAACUCAGUUGCAAUUACAGCUCCAGCAACAAGCUCAAGCUCGUGCUCACGCACAAGCCAUGCAGAAUAAUGAUAAACCUCCAAUUGCUCAAGUUAAACUAAGAACUUUACCUCCCCAUCCUCCUGUGGUGCUGGAAAAAUUGGAUGCAAAAUACCCUAAUACGAGAAAGGAUAACAUUCAGAACCCGCUAGCAAAGGUAGAUACUUUCGUUGUACCGCAAUUGAAAGCGAGUAUCCCUUAUGAAUUUUUUAACAUGCCGAAGUCUAAAGUUUUCACUCCUUCGGUAUAUCCAAAGCCUUUGGAUAUAGAAGGCGCUAAUGAAUUGAAGAAGUUGCAUGAAAAUUUAUUGAUUGAAGAUGAACUUCAACAGCUUGAGCAACUAGCAAAAUUAGAUGCUUCUUUUAAAUAUGAACAUGAGUCUUUCAAGCUCCUGCCAUAUCAAAAAGCAUUAAGGGGCUAUGUUUUAUCCGGUAUUUUCCACCAAAACAUGCUUUUGAUUAACCACUUGCCAAACUUUUCUGCCAAGAUAAGAGGAGUAAGUAUUGAAGAUGCUGCUAUUGUAAAUGCAUUGUACUUAGAACAAAAGAAUGUGGCAAUUGAAAAGCAGAAAACUGAGGUCAUUGAAAGGCAAGCGUCACUACUAAGUGCAUCCAACGUUCAAAAAAGGGUUUUACUUGAUAAAAAGCUAACUUACCAACGUUUAGCGAAGAAUCUGACAACUUUUCAUCAACAAACCGAAAAAGAAGAACAACGUCGUAUAGAGAAAAAUGCCAAACAAAGAUUGCAAGCUUUGAAGGCGAACGAUGAAGAAGCUUAUGUCAGAUUGUUGGAUCAAACUAAAGAUACCAGAAUUACUCACCUUUUGAAGCAGACUAAUUCGUUCUUGAGUAGCUUAACCGAAGCUGUUAGAGAUCAACAGAAAGAAACACAUGAAAAGAUGAUUAAAGUUGGGCAUACCAAUGAUAUGGAGAAAGAUAUCACCGACGAUACUGAAGUAGAUGAAGAUGAGAAACUUAGUCUUGAUUACUAUCACGUUGCUCACAAGAUUCAAGAAAAAGUUACAGGACAACCAUCUAUUCUUGUUGGAGGUACUUUGAAAGAAUAUCAGGUACGUGGUCUAGAAUGGAUGGUUUCCUUGUAUAACAAUCAUUUGAAUGGUAUUCUCGCCGAUGAGAUGGGACUUGGUAAAACAAUCCAAACUAUUUCAUUGUUGACUUACAUCACUGAGGUCAAGAAGUUGGCGGGCCCAUUUUUGGUCAUUGUACCAUUAAGUACGCUGCCAAAUUGGAACAAUGAGUUUGAUAAGUGGGCCCCAAGCUUAAAAAAAAUUAGUUACAAAGGCUCGCCGGCUUUCAGGAAAGAUUUAGCUCAGCGUAUUAAGGCCAGAGAUUUUAACGUUCUAUUGACUACUUACGAGUAUAUUAUUAAAGACAAAUAUCUUUUAUCCAAAAUCAAAUGGGUCCACAUGAUCAUUGAUGAAGGUCAUAGAAUGAAGAAUGCCAAAUCCAAAUUGUCAUACACUUUAAAUGAGUUCUAUCAUUCUGACUAUAGGUUGAUUUUGACGGGUACACCACUACAAAACAACCUCCCAGAGCUUUGGGCGUUAUUGAAUUUUGUUUUGCCAAAAAUUUUCAAUUCUGUGAAAUCUUUUGAUGAAUGGUUCAAUACUCCUUUUGCCAAUACAGGUAGUCAGGAUAAGAUUGAAUUAUCAGAAGAAGAAACAUUGUUGGUUAUUAGAAGAUUGCAUAAAGUUUUACGACCAUUUCUUUUGAGAAGAUUGAAAAAAGAUGUCGAGAAAUCCUUGCCUAACAAAAUUGAAAAAGUUAUCAAAUGUAGGAAAUCCGGUUUGCAAGCUAAAAUGUAUCAUCAGAUGCUCAAGUAUAACAAGUUGUUUGUUGGCGAUAAAGAAAAUAAAGCAGUUGGUAUCAAAGGUAUGAACAAUAAAUUAAUGCAGUUGAGAAAAAUCUGUAAUCAUCCGUUUGUUUUCCCUGCUAUCGAAGACAUGAUCAAUCCAUCGCAUCAAAACAAUGAUCUGAUUUGGAGGGUAUGCGGUAAGUUCGAACUUUUGGAUAGGAUAUUACCGAAAUUCAGAGCCACUGGUCACAGAGUUUUAAUGUUCUUCCAGAUGACUCAAAUCAUGGAUAUCAUGGAAGAUUUUCUAAGAUUCAGAGGUAUGAAAUACAUGCGAUUAGAUGGUGAUACCAAGGCUGAUGAUAGAACUUUAUUGUUGAAAGAUUUCAAUGCUGAAGAUUCUCCUUAUUUUGUUUUCCUUUUGUCUACUAGGGCUGGCGGUUUAGGAUUGAAUUUACAAACAGCAGACACGGUCAUUAUCUUCGAUACUGAUUGGAAUCCUCAUCAAGAUUUACAAGCACAAGAUAGAGCACAUCGUAUUGGUCAGAAGAAUGAAGUUAGAAUUUUGAGAUUAAUCACAAGUGAUUCCAUCGAGGAGUAUAUUUUAGAAAAGGCUAAUCAAAAACUGGAUAUCGACGGUAAAGUUAUCCAAGCCGGUAAGUUUGAUCAAAAAUCCACAGCUGAGGAACAAGAGGCUUUGCUAAGAAAGUUGAUUGAAAGUGAAGAGCAUGCGAAAGAAAAUGAGGAUGAACUGAAUGAUGAUGAUCUCAACGAAAUUUUAGCUAGAAAUGAAAAUGAAAUCAAAAUUUUUGGUACUAUAGAUGAAGAAAGGGAGAAAGAGUGGAAUUCAAAUUUACCAAGAUUAUUUUCAGAAGAAGAGUUGCCGUCAAUGUAUCAUCAAGAACUUGAACCCGAAGAGGAGAUACCCGACGAAGCUCAAUACUAUGGUCGUGGAACAAGGGAACGUAAAGUAGCAAAGUAUGAUGAAAAUAUCAGUGAGGAGCAAUGGCUAAGGCAGAUAGACGGCUUUGUUAGUGAUGAUGGUGACGAUGGAGAAUCUAAUUCAGAUAAAAAGUCUAAAGGUAAAAGAUUCAAAAAGAAGAAAGUUAAAGAAGACGAAAUCAUCACUGGUGAUAACACCAGUGACUUGCAGAAAGAGAUUGACGAGGUGAAGGUCGAGGAGAAAGACCAAGAAGAAGGUCACGAUUCCAAACGUAUGAAGACCGGAAAAGGAAAGGCUGGAAAAAAGACAACCAGUAAAGCACUAAGUGCGACUCCAGAUCCAACUGAACCAAAUACACCCGCAGAUUUGACUGAAACAUCAUCAUUUGCAGGUCCACCUGUCCGCAGAAGAAAAAACUUCGGAACUUUACCAAUAUCAAGAGAUAUUUGGCCGUCUGAUGAACCGAUGGGGCAAGAUCGUGUGACCUUACAGGCCAGGAUGGUCGAUAUUUUGAAUCAUCUACAAGAAUACAACAACCCUGCAGGCAGAAAGUUGUGCAAGAUUUUUAAUGUCAAACCUCAAAGAAGACUUUAUCCAGAUUAUUAUGUUAUAAUCAAACAUCCAAUUGCAUUUGAUAUGGUCAGAAGAAGAAUCAAUAAUUGGACUUAUAAUUCAUUAGAAGAGUACAUGUAUGAUAUCCAUCUGAUUUUUAAAAAUGCUAGAAUCUACAAUUUGGACACAUCUGUCCUUUAUUCUGAUUCUAUGAUUUUAGAAGCUCAGGCCUACAAGAUGUUUAUUGGUUAUGUUCACAAGGAACUAGAUUUCAAAGAGUUUGAUAAAACUUUUGGGUUG